AUGUGCCUGAAAUCAGGGGCGGAGUUCUGGUGUCCCGCCGCCUAGGCGGCGGGUAGGGGAUAAGAGAGAAACCUACGUUCUCAAACAUCUACCGAGAAACUUUCGUCAACUGCUUGACUGGAUUAACUUGAAAAAAGCGUGUUGCGUCUGUCGCCGCCGACGCUCAUGGUCAUGCGGGAACGUGUAAAACUUAGUGUCAAGUUUCAGUCUCUAUGGGGCAAAGCACUGUAUUAGCAAACUUGAGGGAAAUGCCUGAGGUUAGGUACUGUGCGUCACCGAGAGGAUCGAAUAAACAUGUGUACCAAGUUUCGGACCGACGUAUGUGUGCUAAUCUUAAUCGGAGUUUGGGGCAACCAAGUUUUAUGAAUUAUUUUUUCUUUGCAGGAUAUAAUAAUGAACAACACAGAUAUUCCACCAGACAUAUUGGACACAAUUGUUGAUGAUUAUUAUAUUAAAGUCAUAGCAAACAAAUACCUUAUAAGCUGGGAAGAACUAGUUCCAGUACUAGGAUUUACUUAUGCUCAAGAGAGAGCUAUAAGUAGGUCGUUCCCUAAUGACUAUGGUCAACAAAAACGUUCAUUUCUGUAUCAGUGGAAAGAUUUAAACGGUGAUGGUGCUACUUAUCGUGUUCUCAUCAAUGCUGCGGAGGCUGAAGAGCAUCGAAAUCUAGCUGAUAAUAUUAGGAAACUUUUACGUGAAAGGUUUAGGAUCUCAUCUCCCCCUUCACUGGCAGUACGUCCUGCUCUGUCUGCACCUUUGGUCUGUUGCUGCUUUGAAUCCAUUGCAUAUCUCCACCACGAACUCUUUCCUGUUGCAUCUUCUUCACAUCCUUAUCCACCUCUUGAUCCUUUAUAUAUUGCGGGAAAGUGUGGAAGCCAACCAUAUCCAAUUAUCUCUCACAAGCUAAAAAAACGCAGAUCAUAUCACAUACCACCUCAACCACCCUCUGUUGCCCUCAACCACAACUGCCUCUGCACCACACAGACUCUCAGCUGGCCAACAAAUAUACUACAAAAAUUGUCCCAUCUCGAGGACACAUUUGUCAUGGUUCUGACGAAUGCUCAGUAUUGCUUUAGUAAUAUGACACCUGAGUAUACAGAUAGGUUUAAGAUCCUGCUUAUCAACUUGCCAAUCUCAACAAGGUUUGAGCAUUUGACCUUUUUAACAGUAGAAUCACAGGGCAUUUCAAGUGCAAGAAACAUGAUGGAAAUAUUUCAAAUACUCAAGAAUCACUGGAAUCCAUUUGAUAUUGGUCUUUUGGAACAUUUAGUUGAUGUCUUUGGCACUGGUGACUUGAAACAGGACAUGGACAACUACAAAAAGAACUUGGAAGCAUUCGAAAAAAGCACAACAGUCCAGCGAUUUCAAGACGCAUGGAAUAAAUCGAUUCAUGCUCCUGAUCAUUAUGGUAGGAUCGUGAAAAUAAUGAAAGCUGACCCUUUCAGGUGCACACUGUGGAAAGUUCGGUGUUUUAAAGAGAAUCUACGGAAAAGAGCAACUCUUCAAAAUUAUGUCGGUGCUGUUACCAGAUUAGCUGUCAGUUCCGUAAUCAUCACUUUUGCUCUGCCUCGUUACGGAAUUUUGCUUGUAAAAAACAAUAUUGAUGCUGGGUUUUGGGCUGACCAAAAUAUGGAGUCUGUCACGAUUGAUGGAGAGGAAGUAUUCCCGAAAAAUGCCAAUAGAGCUGCAACGCAUUCAUCUACUUCUGGUUCAACGGUAGCUGACACGAAAAAUGGUAAUAGAGCUCCAAUGAGUCAUUCAGAUGUAUUGUCUACUUCUGGCCCAUCAAAAUCAAUGGGUGUUUUUAGCAACCUUCUAGCACUGCAACUAGUUCCCAAGGGAGAAGGAGAAAGCUUAACCAAAAGCUAUAUUUUCUCAUAUGAUCUAUUUAAAUCUGAGAUUGUGGCCGUUAGCUAUAGUUUUCCUUUUGGUCUGGAACAAAAUGCGUAUGAGCCACAUGGAGUGGAAAUAACUUUCUCUGGAACUGGUGGACAGGAACUUUUACAAUCUUUACUUAAAGCCUGUCAGCCAGAUCCAUCACUAAAAUUAUAUGGGAUAGGUGAAAAGGAAAUUUUGGACGAAAGAGCGACUCCAGAAGAUGAACAGCCUAGUGAAGGAGAUGUACAUGAUGAAGAGGUUUCUGGUGAAAUGGUAGUACCACGUGGCCGUGGUACUAACCGACGUUGUGUGCUAUUAUAGAAAUCAGCCUUCAGAGUGUGCGUGUAUGUGCAAUAUUACAAACCCAUGUGUGUUUGUGUGUGUUAGCUACCACCCCCUACUGGACAAGACGACUUUCUGUCACAGUCAUUCUUCUUCCCUUUGUUUUCAUGACCUGGCAUCCGAUAAUUUUUUGGGUAUUUCAGACUUGUAUGUCUUGCUUUUAAAGCCUGUUAAAAAUAUAAGCGCAUGCGCAUUUUCCGCAGCAAUAAACGUAUAGUUUUGACCCCAGGCCCUUUACACUAAUGAUGGAGGAUGGGGACAAGGCUUAGCUGCGCACAGGCUGAAAA